UGAGAGCUUCCUUCGCCGUGCUGCUCUCUCCUUGCACCGCCGCCAUGUUAGGAGCUGUAGGUCGCUGCUCCGCCGGGGCUCUUAAGGCCUUCAAGCCGGCCGCCAGUUCCCUUCAGCUCGGACAGAGCCUGCUCAGGAGCUCCCCUGCGGCGCUGCAUUCCCGGAGAGACUAUGCAGCACAAGCCUCAACAGCAGCCAAGCCUGGCACAGCCACAGGCCGUAUCGUGGCAGUAAUCGGUGCUGUGGUCGAUGUCCAGUUUGAUGAAGAUCUGCCACCUAUCUUAAAUGCUCUGGAGGUCCAGGGCAGGGAGACCAGGCUGGUUCUGGAAGUCGCUCAGCACUUAGGGGAAAACACUGUCCGUACCAUUGCUAUGGAUGGUACUGAAGGUUUGGUCAGAGGGCAGAAGGUUCUCGAUGCUGGCACACCAAUCAGGAUUCCUGUUGGCCCCGAGACUCUUGGGAGGAUCAUGAAUGUAAUUGGAGAACCCAUUGAUGAAAGAGGCCCUAUUACAACAAAACAGUAUGCUGCUAUUCAUGCUGAGGCUCCAGAGUUUGUCGAAAUGAGUGUUGAGCAGGAGAUUCUAGUUACUGGAAUCAAGGUGGUGGAUCUUCUGGCUCCAUAUGCUAAGGGAGGAAAAAUUGGUCUGUUUGGUGGUGCUGGUGUGGGCAAAACUGUACUUAUCAUGGAGCUGAUCAACAAUGUAGCUAAAGCCCAUGGUGGAUACUCUGUGUUUGCUGGAGUGGGAGAACGUACCCGUGAAGGAAAUGACUUGUACCAUGAAAUGAUUGAGUCUGGGGUCAUCAACCUGAAAGACACAACCUCAAAGGUAGCACUGGUGUACGGACAGAUGAAUGAACCACCUGGUGCCAGAGCUCGUGUAGCUUUGACUGGUUUGACUGUUGCGGAGUAUUUCAGAGAUCAAGAGGGUCAAGAUGUGCUGCUGUUCAUUGAUAAUAUCUUCAGGUUUACUCAGGCUGGCUCAGAGGUGUCUGCCUUGCUGGGUCGUAUUCCCUCUGCUGUAGGCUACCAACCAACCCUGGCCACUGAUAUGGGUACCAUGCAAGAGAGAAUCACAACCACAAAGAAGGGAUCUAUCACAUCUGUGCAGGCUAUAUAUGUGCCUGCUGAUGACUUGACUGAUCCUGCUCCUGCUACCACAUUUGCUCACUUGGAUGCCACAACGGUGUUAUCUCGUGCCAUUGCUGAGUUGGGAAUUUACCCUGCUGUGGAUCCCCUGGAUUCCACAUCCCGUAUCAUGGACCCCAACAUUGUGGGACAUGAGCAUUAUGAUGUCGCCCGUGGUGUGCAGAAGAUCUUGCAGGACUACAAAUCUCUGCAAGAUAUCAUUGCCAUCUUGGGUAUGGAUGAAUUGUCGGAAGAGGACAAACUGACUGUGGCUAGAGCUCGUAAGAUCCAGCGUUUCCUGUCUCAACCUUUCCAGGUUGCUGAAGUCUUUACUGGACAUCUGGGUAAAUUGGUCCCAUUAAAGGAUACAAUCAAGGGAUUCCAGCAGAUCCUUCAAGGAGAGUAUGACAGGCUCCCUGAACAGGCUUUCUACAUGGUAGGACCCAUUGAAGAAGCUGUAGCCAAGGCUGACAAACUUGCAGAAGAACACUCUUAAAGACUUACUAAAAAGUUCCCAUUGAAGCACUCAUCCACAGCACCCAUUGUCCUGAGUAAUUCUUUAUGCCCGUAUUGGAUACGGAUCACAUGGGCAAAGUGUAUUUAAGUUUCCAAUAAAACAUCUCUGUAAAAAGCACGUGUCCUGGUGUGACGCUUUUACAGUGGAUGAGCACUUGUCUGUACCACUGUGAAAUGUAGCCUCUGAUGCCCAUCUUGUGUUAAGCAUCCAAAAGUUUGGUGCUUAGCUUGCCUUCAGUGCUUGUACAUAGACCCUUUUUGUUUUUAGCACUUUUCAUGUGGCUAUCGGAAUACCUUCAAUAAAGAUGUUCUGCCCUUUA